GCCUUAAGGUGGCUACAACGAGUGGUGCUAUAAAAUCAAAAAUAUCCUCAAUGAAAAUACAUAUUCAAGUGCUUUAUUAAUCGUUACUAAAAAAUAAGAAGAUAAGGGGAAAUGUCCUAUAGUGGUAUGGUGUACUCGCGCACUAGUUGGUUAACCAAGCUGAGUUGGAUGUUGGCAUUGACGCUAAUGUUCUGGUGUCGCUCAACAGAGGGAAUGCCACCUUUCCAACAAUCCGUGGAUUGUGGUCCAAGUGUAACCGAAUAUCCUUUAAAUUGUGCGCAUGGUGAACUACAAAUUAAUAUGAAUCGGACCGCAUGUGCAAAUCGAAUUGUUUGUUAUAGUAAUUUGGGUGAGAUGUGUCAACGGUAUGGUGCUAUGAGCAAUUGUUUGCCAGGUUUGAUUUGCAGCUGUGAUAGGUGUCGUGAAAUGUUGACAAUAUGCGGUCAAAGACUACGAUCACCAAUGUAUAUGCCAAAGCGAAUGAAGCCAACAUUUCCGGAAUACGGUUUUUAAGUGAACGAAAUUAUUGUACUAUUUAGUAUCACGCAUCUUACCUGGAAACCUGCAAACGAUUAGAUGCUUACAAAUAACGACUACAAGCCAAAUAUUUAUUAGCGGAAU